GGGCAAGGUGCCGGCCCUUCCCAUGUUCUCAUCCCAUUCUUCUUCUAUUCUGGCCAUCAUCUUCCUUCCACUUCCUGAAAUCUGCUGCCGAACUAUCGUCUCUCGUACUGGGCAGCGAUCCUUUCUCGAGAAAUGAUGGAUUCGAAUCCCGGAUUGGUAAAAAUGGAGCUAUAUUUCAGCCAAAUUCUGCCAAAAAGAAGCUUCCCAACCCUUAAUUUCCUCUCAAAGACCAUCGAAAUCUCUCCUAAGAUAAGAACUGCAGCCGGGUCUUGGAAUCCCAAGCUCAAGGUUUAUUUGCCACGUAGAAAGAUCUGUUCUUGUGGAUUAGGAAGUGUUUCGGUGGAUAAAAAGGGUGUAGAGGACCAAAAGGAGCUGCCUUCACAAUGGGAACUGGAGUUUUUGGGAGAGAGUAGCCCACCCGGUUCCCAAUCCUCCGAGAUGAAACCCCAGGAAAAGUCGAGUUUGCUCGAGGAGACCGAGAGCAUGGAUUGGUGUGUCAAGGCGAGGAGAGUUGCGUUGAGAUCGAUCGAGGCGAGGGGCUUGAGCAAUACCAUGGAGAAGCUGGUAACCUCGAAGAAAAAGAAGAAGAAGAAGAAGAGUAGUAAGCUCAAGGGAAGCAAGAAAGAGAAGAUGAGCACAAAAGAUAAGAUCUUGGAAGAUCUAGAUGAUGAUUUUGGUGAUUAUUCUGAAGUAAUGGACUUGGAGGAAUUGGACUUGGAGAGCAGCACCGAUGAUCUUAAAAGGAGAAUAAGCGUGUUUGCAGAUGGGAUGUUCGGAGAAAAGAAAGUGAGGGCAAAAGAGGCAUUUAUUGAGAGGUUGUCACAGUUCUCAGGGCCCUCGGAUAGGAAGAAAGAGAUCACCUUGAACAAAGCAAUUGUUGAUGCACAUACUGCAGAAGAAGUCCUGGAGGUGGCUGCGGAGAUGAUAUUGGCUGUAGCAAAAGGGUUGAACCCUUCACCUCUGUCUCCUCUGAAUGUUGCCACUGCCCUUCACCGGAUAGCCAAGAACAUGGAAAAGGUCUCUAUGAUGAAGACUAGGAGGCUGGCAUUUGCCCGUCAAAGAGAGAUGUCUUUGCUUGUGGGUAUUGCUAUGACAGCAUUGCCUGAGUGCUCUGCUCAGGGGGUGUCAAAUAUUGCAUGGGCAUUAUCCAAGAUCGGUGGCGAGCUUCUCUAUUUGUCAGAGAUGGAUAGAAUUGCUGAGGUGGCAAUUACCAAGGUUGGGGAGUUCAAUGCACAGAAUGUUGCUAAUAUUGCUGGUGCAUUUGCUUCAAUGCAACACUCUGCAGCAGAUCUUUUCUCACAAUUAGCUCGAAGAGCAUCUGAUAUAGUUCAUACUUUCCAUGAGCAAGAACUUGCACAGUUCUUGUGGGCGUUUGCUUCUCUAAAUGAGUGUGCUGAUCCUUUUCUUGACUCCCUCGACGAUGCUUUUAAGGAUGCUGCCAACCUCAAAUGCUGCAUGGAAGAAACAAGCUCGAUGCCAACAGAGAGUUCUUAUCCAGAAGCUGAAAUCAGCGGAAAUGGUCAGAACAUCAAUAAUAUUGAUUCUGAAAUGUCUUUAUGUGCCCCCAUACUUAAAUUUAACCGAGAUCAGCUUGGAAAUAUAUCUUGGUCUUAUGCUGUUCUUGGACGAAUGGAUCGUCUUUUCUUCUCCCAUGUAUGGACUACUCUGAGCCAGUUUGAAGAGCAAAGAGUUUCAGAGCAGUACAGAGAAGAUGUCAUGUUUGCUUCACAGGUUUUUUUAGCUAAUCAGUGCUUGAAGCUAGAGUACCCUCAUCUUGGUCUGUCACUGAAUAGGGAUCUUGAAGAAAAAAUAUCACGAGCAGGAAAGACCAAGCGGUUCAAUCGGAAGACAACUUCUUCAUUCCAGAAGGAGGUGGCACGGCUUCUAGUUAGCACUGGCCUUGAGUGGAUCAGAGAAUAUGUGGUGGAUGGAUACACUUUGGAUGCAGUAUUGAUUGACAGAAAGCUUGCUUUUGAGAUUGAUGGACCAACGCAUUUCUCAAGGAAUCUAGGUACUCCACUAGGCCACACAAUAGUGAAACGCCGCUACAUUGCUGCAGCUGGUUGGAAACUGGUUUCUUUGUCUCAUCAAGAAUGGGAGGAGCUUCAAGGUGAAUUUGAGCAAUUAGAGCACCUGAGGAAAAUUCUUGGUAUCGACACAGCUAACAGUUUAGAAGGGACAACCACAAUGAGUGGGUGAAACCGUCCUGGAGGAUGCUAGUGAUGACAUCUUGAUACGCGAGGCGAUGGUAGCCAAAGGCAUGAACUCGGAGAUAUUUCUUGUUUUAAAAUGUGAAAUGGUAUAUAUAUAUAUAUAUAUAUAUAUAUAUAUAUAUAUAUAUGUAAUCACUACGAUAUGUAAGCAAUUUCCUCUCACCCAGAGUGUUAAAUUUUCUUUUACCAAAAAAAA